CUUCUGACCACAGUGAGUGGAAAGUAUUGCUAUACAUAUUACAGUGGUGAGACUUAGAAUGAUAUCAAUUUUUCAUGAUUUUCCAACUAAAUCUUUUAAACUGUAUUUCACUCCCCCCACCCUUUUCAGCGAUAUAAUGACUCAAUUAACCACAAUCAAUUCAGCUGUUAUCAUUAUUUACUCAGUGAAACGUCUGUUUCCAUUCUUCAACUCGCCACUGUAACAAGUGCACUUUCCCUCGUUCUUUCCUUUUUCCUUAUUCAACAUUCUUCACCCACAAAUUGCUGUGAAAUUGUGUCACAAGUCGCAAUUUCGCAUUUCCCGGACACGAAAAGGCGCCUGUUCAGGACGCGCUCUCUCGCCAGAGCGCCACAUUCGUCAGUGACCCUUGUGAGAGUCGGAAGGUGUAAUCUUAUCGCUACAAUUCUUCUGAUAACCGCACAAUAAUCCGAGAAGGCACAGUCAAGCGAGAGGCGUUCAUAAGAGAACAUCAAAAAAAUGCUGUCCCUUGUCCUACCGAAGAAGAUUUCCACCAACGAUGAGAUAGUCAUCGAAGGCAGCACUUUGGCGACGGCAAAGAAAUUCUCCGUCAAUUUCGUCAUCAACAACGACAACAUUCCUCUCCACAUGAGGACGGAAUUCGGCACAACCAGCUCGCAGGAUCGCGUGGUGCUGAACCACAAGGUGGGCGGGAUUUGGCAGAAGGAGUUCACGGACAUCGUCUCAUGGACGCGCCCGUCGCAGCGCUUCCAGGUCUCAUUCCUCUUCAAUCGCGAGAGCAUCAUCAUCUACGAGAACGACAGCUUCUUGGCCAGCUUCACGCACAAGCUGGACAUCUCGCAGACGCAGUCCAUUCAGAUUUGGGAUGAUCUCGAGCAGCUGGAUCGUCUCAGCUUCAAGUACAGCAGUCGCGCCGCCAGAUCGGCCGAUUGUGGUGGCGCACAGAAGAAAGCCUGAGGGUGAAAUGCGAAUCCC